AAGUUAGAUAACAGGCAGUCAAGGUCUAUAAAGUAUCAUGAGCUAUAUGAAUAUGAUUCGCUGUGAACUUUGUACGCUGAUAUGGAUUAUAUAAGUAGAGAAUUACCAAUCCGGAGAUAAAAUAACAUAAAACACAACAAAACUCGCAUACAACUAGAUUAAGUUCGAGGGAUUGAUAUACCCACGUACAACCUGAAAAAACGCGUCAAUAAUUUAUAGAAGUUUGUUUGAAGUUUCAUAACCUUUAACUGGACAUUGAUCGAAAUUGAUAGCGUUUCUACUGUAUGGAUUAAGCAAUGAAGCAAACCAUUUGGUAACGUUUUAACAAGUUAUUGUUCUAUUACUGGACGUCUAUACCUUUUCAGAUAUUUGUGACCAAAAGUAUUGUGUAAGCUAUCGGAUGCUCGCGAAAACCUGAUGAAACAUUUCGGUUGGCCUGUAUACCAUGAUAUUACGUUCGUUGUAAAGACUGCGAUGCACUUGUUAAUUCUGGUGAUUUGUCUGCUGUUGCUCCCUGACAGCAAUGCAAGUCAGUAUGACCCUCAUCUCUACCCAUCCACCGGGCCUUUCUUUGAAGGUUGGUACACCAGACUAACUGAUACAGACAACAGUAGAUCAUUCGGUGUGCUCUUCGGUCGUGUCCUCCCAAGGAACAACCAGUCGACGCCAGCAGGAGACCCUGCUCCGCUGACUUACAUCGGUCUCUUACGCAGCAAUGGUGAGUCUCCUAUGGUGGUUGUCGAGGCCUACCCAGAUGAAAACGACAUCGAGGUUACAAUACAUGGUGGAAAACCGGUCAGCAAAAACCCCUCGUUGCAGACACCGUCUUACUUCGAGUAUGUUGCACGCCCCUUUGGAUUCUUCAACGUGACUCCAGACUCGACGGUAUUUAAUUUCACAAUCGAGGGAGUGACGUUUGCAGGAAGCUUCUCUGGACCACUGCUCUGGGACUCUACUGGCCAGGGUCCAGAAGGCUGGCUUUCCAACCUACCACUGCUACCAAUUCAUUGGUUUGUCUAUAGCCUAGGAACUCCAGGAAGAUACACAUGGACUCAUUCAGACUCCGUCAUAUCUGGUAUGGCCCAUGCCCAUCAAGAGAAGAACUGGGGCCAGGGCUUCCCGGCAGGCUGGAUGUGGACCCAGGCAUACAAUCGCACUGCAAAUGCGACAUUCGCAGGAACAUUCGGAAUCCUUUCAUUUUUUGAUACCUCUCCCACAAUUCCGGCCCAUUUGUUUGGCUACAGAAACUUCGAACGACAUCUUCAUUUUGAUUUCAGGCCUGAUAAUUCAUAUACGACACAGGAGCUAUGGCCGUGUGAUGGGACGGCGGCGGUAAAGAUCUUCAGUCCAUUGUAUAUUUUGGAGUUGACAAUGAGUUCUCCUUUAAAUACUUUUCAGAAGUGUCUCCGCGGUCCAGUGGAAACGGGCUUCCGUUACAAUUUGGUAGAGACCUACGUGGCAACUAUAAGGAUUGUCAUCAAGAAACUGGCUAUUUGGGGCUACAGAGUGAUUGAAGAUCAAAUAUUCCAUGGGGCUGCGUAUGAGUUUGGUAGAGAGUAUCUUUGUCCGAAAAAUCCAUGUACAUAAUUAUGAUAAUUAUUGCAGUGAGUCAUUACCAGAACUACACAGUGCGUCCCAUGCACACCCCACAAGAACAAAAAACAAAGACAACAAACGAAGAAUUGUUGAUGAUUUAGGCUAUUCAAAGUUUAUCACAAAUUCAAUAGACGAAUGACGUAUCAUUGUAAAGCUUCAAGCAUCCUUUUUUCUUCCUCUCGUAUAUCUCUUCGAGAUAAUUCUUCUAAUCUAUUUCCAUACUAACGGAUUUUUCAUGUAGCAUUCGCACGGUAAACAAAGACUUUAUGCAUGACUUAUCUAGAAAGUGUCGAGAAGUUUGACAGAUACCCUGUAAAACAUCUUCAUUUUAUGAAAUUACUGGAAUUCAGCCAUGAUUUAAGAAAAAACCAGGGCCCCGCCUUACAAAGUAUUGAAAUUGAUCUGAUCAAUCGCAACUAUGGACGGCCAGCAGCGUCAACAUAUAAAAUUCAUGUAUGUUCAAAAAAGUUUCUAGAUACAAAGUAUGAAUGUAUAUCCAUAAAUUCAUUGAUUUCUUGACAAUUUGGUGUGUUCUCCUUUGUU